AUGGGUUACACCUAUGGGUUAGGUCAACCCUACUCCACUAGUACCAAUAGGGGGCAUAGGGGAAGAAGCACUACUCCUAGAAAUCAACACACGAAAACUUUGUUUAAAUUAUACCUUUUCCUUAUCAGGAUCGGGACUAACAAUGGUUGGGACAACAAACAUCCAUCUCGUUCGUAUUUUGGAUACCCGUAUAACCAUCGAAGACUGUUGAAGUGACUAAUUCCUGCAAAUUUAAGGGCGUUGAAGACAAAGAAAUUGUUGGAGUAACUUUUUUUUAUCUAAUACCAACAUGCUUGAUGUUAAGGAAAGAUCUUCUACAAGAAGGUUGGCUAGAGAUUUCUUGUAAAAACACCAGCCCCGCUUAGUUUAUAAUGAGAAUAUUUCAGUCUUUUUGAUUCCAUGUAUUAUUAUCAUUAUGCACAUAAAGGAGGAGCCGUAUGAGAUGAAAAUCUCAUGUACGGUUCUGAAACGGAGAUUCUUUGAAUCGAAUGGCGACCGUAACGGAUGUCGGCUCAAUCCGAAGGAAAUUAUGCGGAAGCUUUACAGAAUUAUUAUGAAGCUAUGCGACUAGAAAUUGAUCCUUAUGAUCGAAGUUAUAUACUCUAUAACAUAGGCCUUAUCCACACAAGUAACGGGGAACAUACGAAAGCUUUGGAAUAUUAUUUUCGGGCCCUAGAGCGAAACCCAUUCUUACCACAAGCUUUUAAUAAUAUGGCCGUGAUCUGUCAUUACGUGCGACUAUCUCCACUAUAGAAAUAAAAAAA